UUUUUUUUUUUUUUUCGGAGCUGGGGACCGAACCCAGGGCCUUGCGGUUGCUAGGCAAGCACUCUACCACUGAGCUAAAUCCCCAACCCCAAGAUGCAGUUUGAAAUAAAUCUUAGUUUCUCUGUGUGGUUACUUGGGACUAUGCUAAGGUAAAGAAAUAUAGCUGCCAUAUUAAUUCCCUGAUAACACUUACAUUAAAGUAAUUUAUUUUACCGUGAAGUUUUCUCCCUGAUAGCUUGUACUGGAUGCUCUAUGCUGGCUGCCUGGUGAGAAAUGUCAACAACAGUAUUUCCUAUCUAGCUGUGAACCCUGAAAGCUACAAUGAAAAUAUCUAGCAAGAUAUAUCUGUGGGUGGGUACUACAGUGGCACAAAGGUUAUGGGUAUAACCAACUGCUCUCUGAUUGGAUUUAAGGCCCAGUCCACAGGAGAAAACACAUAAACAUCUAAAUUUAUUGCAUAUACUAUAAAUAUUGCAAAGAAACCAUGGCUGGGGUGCUCAUAGGCCAUGCAGGCGAACCUACUACUAUCAUAUCAAUAGCGAACUGCUCUCUGAAUUCAUGUCUGUAGAUUACUGCAGCUCUUAGACCGCAAAAGAGAAGCUUCUUCGUGCAGUGGAUAGUAGUUAACACAGAAACUCACAAUUGGUCAAAGUGCAGAGGGUAAGUAUCUGAGGAGUGCUCAGGCAUAAAUGGGGCAUCUGUGUCAUAUCCCCUCCUCAUCAAAGCUCAGGGAAUAUCUAAACAGAGGGAGCAGAAAGAUUUUAAGAGUCAGAGAUCAGGAAGGGCGAGGCAAAACAGUUUCUUCUGGACACUGCAGCAGCUAUGUUUGCCUGCACAAGAUCUACAUAAGACCAAGCCACUAAACAUUCCAGCUCAGAGCAGGGAAGGGUUAUCAAGCCUCCAACCCUAGCCGAGGACCUAUUAGAGAAUUUAUACCUUUCUUGGGAGGAAGAGUCAAUGUUUGUUAAGGUUUGUUUUAGUUCAACUGUGCUCUAGGGGAUGCCCCCCACACCUGUGCAUAUAUGGGCAGCACAAAUAGAAACUCAUUGAGUUUUUAUUUUUAUUUUCCAAGAGAAAAGGAAGCUGGGAGGUGGGGAGUGGAUCUGGAGAAGUUAGGGAGAAGGGCAGAGUGAAAUACAUUGUGAGCAUGGACUUCUCAACAAAUUUAAAAAUUUUUUAUUUAAAAAAAGAAAAAGUGUGGGGCCUUACUAAGACUCCAAAUGUUGACCUCUGGCCUUCACAGCACAUGCACUCAUGCACUCACACAUGCCACGAAUGUGCCCGUGCCCACACACAAUUUAGAUCCUAGGGUGUUGAGAAGAUGUGUACCUUCAGGCAUUUUCUCCCUGUGAUGAUGAUCCCUUGGCUUUCUGAACUGCGUUGCUCAAAGGACAUCAUUUACAAGGUUUAGCAUUUAAGUAAAGUUGACAAAUUAAAUCUAUAUGAGCUGGUUUUCCCCGAGUCCUUAUCUUGAAACAAUUUUGCUUGUAAACAGAAUUUCUAGGUGGUUUUCUGAGGGAGUUUAUAUAGACACAGACCUCUAAACCAGCUUGAUUUAUUUUUAACUUCUUGCUUUGAGAAGUCUUUAGGAAGACCAGUAUUAGGCUAUUUCAGGGUUAUCAGUUGUGAUAAAGUUUUAAACUCCAGUCAGAUUCCAGCGACUGGCUUCUUUUCCCGCCCCUGUCUCAAUUUUUCUGUCUUGACUCAGUGCACAGAUGUGAAGCUCGAAUUGUAAGGCGAGCAGUUUGGGUUUGCUGUUCAGAAACCGUCUACCAGAGAAGGCACACGAAGCCUGAGCGAGAUAAUGACUUCAACUUUUAGUUUUCAGCACAGGACAAGGAUGGAGAUCCCUUUUGGCUCCUGCCUCUACAGCUGUUUGGCACUGCUUGUCUUGCUGCCCUCCCUGAGCCUAGCACAAUAUGAGAGCUGGCCCUACCAGCUCCAAUAUCCCGAGUACUUCCAGCAGCCGCCUCCCGAGCACCACCAGCAUCAGGUGCCCUCCGACGUGGUGAAGAUCCAGGUCCGCCUGGCGGGCCAGAAGAGGAAACAUAAUGAAGGCCGUGUGGAGGUCUAUUACGAAGGCCAGUGGGGCACUGUGUGCGAUGAUGAUUUCUCUAUCCAUGCUGCCCAUGUUGUCUGCCGGGAAGUGGGCUAUGUGGAGGCCAAGUCCUGGACUGCCAGCUCCUCCUACGGCCCAGGCGAAGGCCCCAUCUGGUUGGACAACAUCUACUGCACAGGCAAAGAGUCAACCCUGGCAGCUUGCUCCUCUAAUGGCUGGGGUGUCACUGAUUGCAAGCACACUGAAGAUGUUGGUGUGGUGUGCAGUGAAAAAAGAAUUCCAGGCUUCAAAUUUGACAAUUCAUUGAUCAACCAAAUAGAGAGCCUAAAUAUACAGGUGGAAGACAUCCGGAUUCGACCCAUCCUGUCUGCCUUCCGCCAUCGCAAGCCUGUGACAGAGGGCUACGUGGAGGUAAAGGAGGGCAAGGCCUGGAAGCAGAUCUGUGACAAGCACUGGACAGCCAAGAAUUCCCACGUGGUCUGUGGCAUGUUUGGCUUCCCAGCAGAGAAGACUUACAACCCCAAAGCCUACAAAACCUUUGCCUCAAGGAGGAAGCUGCGCUACUGGAAGUUUUCUAUGAACUGCACGGGAACUGAAGCACACAUCUCCAGCUGUAAGCUGGGCCCUCCCAUGUUCCGGGACCCUGUGAAGAAUGCCACCUGUGAGAACGGGCAGCCAGCUGUGGUCAGUUGUGUGCCUAGCCAGAUCUUCAGCCCUGAUGGACCCUCAAGGUUCCGGAAAGCCUAUAAGCCGGAGCAACCCUUGGUGCGACUGAGAGGUGGAGCCCAGGUCGGGGAGGGCCGCGUGGAGGUGCUCAAGAAUGGAGAAUGGGGUACCGUCUGCGAUGACAAGUGGGACCUGGUGUCUGCCAGCGUGGUCUGCAGGGAGCUGGGCUUCGGCACAGCUAAAGAGGCUGUCACAGGCUCCAGGCUGGGGCAAGGGAUUGGGCCCAUCCACCUCAACGAGGUCCAGUGCACAGGGACAGAGAAGUCCAUCAUAGACUGCAAGCUCAACACAGAGUCGCAGGGCUGCAACCACGAGGAAGACGCCGGAGUGCGAUGCAACAUCCCCAUCAUGGGCUUCCAGAAAAAGGUGCGCCUGAAUGGAGGCCGCAAUCCCUAUGAGGGUCGAGUGGAGGUACUAACAGAGAGAAAUGGGUCCCUCGUGUGGGGGAAUGUAUGUGGCCAGAACUGGGGCAUUGUGGAAGCCAUGGUGGUCUGCCGGCAGCUAGGAUUGGGCUUUGCCAGCAACGCCUUCCAGGAAACCUGGUACUGGCAUGGAAAUAUCUUCGCCAACAAAGUGAUCAUGAGUGGAGUGAAGUGCUCAGGAACGGAGUUAUCCCUGGCACACUGCCGCCAUGACGAGGAGGUGGUCUGCCCCGAGGGUGGGGUGCAGUAUGGUGCUGGAGUCGCCUGCUCAGAAACUGCACCUGACCUGGUACUUAACGCCGAGAUUGUACAACAGACCGCCUAUCUGGAGGACAGGCCCAUGGCCUUGCUGCAGUGUGCCAUGGAGGAAAACUGCCUCUCAGCCUCCGCUGUGCACACCGAUCCCACCAGAGGCCACCGUCGCCUUCUACGCUUCUCUUCCCAGAUCCACAACAAUGGCCAAUCUGACUUCCGCCCCAAGAAUGGCCGCCAUGCAUGGAUUUGGCAUGACUGCCACAGGCACUACCACAGCAUGGAAGUAUUCACUUACUAUGACCUCCUGAGCCUCAACGGCACCAAGGUGGCUGAGGGCCACAAGGCCAGCUUCUGCUUGGAGGACACUGAGUGUGAGGGAGACAUUCAGAAGAGUUACGAGUGUGCCAACUUCGGAGAACAAGGCAUCACCAUGGGCUGCUGGGACAUGUAUCGUCAUGACAUUGACUGCCAGUGGAUAGACAUCACCGAUGUGCCCCCUGGAGACUACCUGUUUCAGGUUGUCAUUAACCCCAACUAUGAGGUGCCAGAAUCAGAUUUCUCUAACAACAUCAUGAAGUGCAGGAGCCGCUAUGAUGGCUACCGCAUCUGGAUGUACAAUUGUCACGUAGGUGGAGCCUUCAGUGAGGAGACAGAACAGAAGUUCGAACACUUCAGUGGACUCCUAAAUAAUCAGCUCUCUGUGCAGUAAAGACGACUCUGGGCCAGGCAUGAUGGCUCAUGCCUGUAAUCCCCGCACUCAGGCAGGAGGAUUGCCACAAGAUUUUCACUCUGGACACUAGACCAAGCUUCAGUCUCAAAAGAAGGAAAAGAAAAGAAGGAAGGAAGGAAGGGAGGAAGGAAGGAAGGAAAAGAAAGGAAAGAAAAAUGACUUAUGACUUAAUGGUCACUUACUGACCCCUGGUGGGAAUACCGAUUGCCACCUCCUUGCUAGCCAGAUCCAGCUGAGAAGAAAGGUGCUCAUUCAUUCCCUUAGGGGCAGGGCUCUGGCACAUAGCUAUCCAAACUUGAUGACAAGCUUUGAGCAGCUUACCCUAUCCAAGCUUUGGUAUAUCCCAAGUGUGACAUCACCAUGCUCUGCAUAGAUGGGCCAUUUUCUUCUGGGAACACGGCAGGUAUGAACUCAACAACUGCAGAGGUGGUCAAGCUGAAUUCCAUUCUUCCCCUUCUUAGGUCAUUUCUGGAAAACUUGAAUAUUGAGACCUCUGUACUAAGGUGUGUUGUUUUUUUUUUUUUCCUUCUCAUCAUACAAACUGCUUGGCAGAAUCAACUUGAGUAGGGAAGGCUUUAUGUGAGCUUGUGGUUUGAGGAACCAAUCCGUAGUGGCAAAGAAGGCAUUGUGGCAGGAGCAUGAGGUGUCUGGUUCUGAAACUCACUGUAUAGCUGAGGAUGGCCUGGACCCUCUGAGCCUCCUGCUUCCAUCUCCAGCGUGCUGGGGAUCAAACCCAGGACUUCACACAUGUAAGGCAAUGUGCUCUAUAUCAGUUGUAGCUGUUUUCUGAGUACUCACCUUUCUUGGCUGCUUUAAACGUGUACACGUUCUUUGCCUUAGCCAUCUGCACAUUCUCCUGUAUCCCUCUGUUCCACUUGCUCAGUUUUACUGUGGGCCUGAGUAAGAGCAAUGAACAGAAGCACAGCAUGCCCGAAUGCUAUCCUGUCUUAAAACCUCCUACGCCAAGCAAAUUAGUUCAUCACUCUUGAGUUAAGACUCACUCAGAACACAGGCAGGAUGCAGCUGACUUCUAGCUCAGUUCCAGAUAGACAGAUAGUCCUUGAUUUCCACUAAAACCUCAGGUACCAGGCCUCCACUGUCCCACAUUCCUCUUGGCAUACUGGUCUUCCAAACUCCCACCAGAAUAACCCGUUCAGCUCUGUUCUCGGUGACCACACUUCUCACCUCAGAGAUUAGUAACAAUGAUCAGUCACAGUUCUAAUCUUCUGUAUUAUACUUGACAAAAGUGGCUUAAGGAAAGGCUACUUUUGGCUUACAGUUCAAAAGUCCAGUCCAUCACAGUGGGAAAGGCAUGGUGGCGGGGGCAGCUGGUCAUGUUACAUCCACAGUCAGGAAGCGGGAUGAGUGCGGGUGCUCCGUUGCUUUUACCUUUAUAUUCAGCCUAUAACCCCAGUCCGUGGAAUGGUGCUACUGGUGUCUAGGGUGGGCCUUCCCUCUUCCCUGUUAAACCUCUUCUGGAGGCACCCUCAAAGACCCACCCAGGGGUGUUUCCAUAGUGGUUCUAAAUGCCAUCUGGGUGAUAAUCAAGGUUAUCUAUAACAACCUCUUCCAGUUAAAGCAACGUCUGUAUUCUAUGCAAUUAUAGCCACAACUUAAAGUACAACAGCAAGGCCUAUAUCCCAAGGCUCCAAGGGAUGACUGCAGACUUGGAUGGUUCUGAGACAGGAUAGGAAGAAACAUCAUGGGGGGACAUGCAGGGGGCCCUUCACCUCAGAGUCUGGUUGAAGCUUUUGCCAGCUGAGAAUCCCAACACAGAUAACAUUGUGAAUGGUGCUAAUAUUCAUUUUGUAUAUUUAUAUACAAUUAUAGACAUACAAGUAUAGAUUAUUUCAAGUAAGAAUGUUAAAGCAGCAAGGAGUUAUGCUUAAGGCCAAAAUAUAAAUGCCCUUUUUCCUUUCCUGGCUAUAAACAUACAGUUUCCUACAACUUUGCCAGAAAACUCAUUUACAGUCAAAGGCAUAUCUCAAGACUCCUAUGCUACACUUAUGACCCAUGGUUUCAUUUUAUCAGGGCACAGUCCUAUCCAAGGCACCUCUGGAGCCACCUUUUACUCUUACUAUCAAAAAGGGGAAGAGAUUAGGGGUGGGACUUAGAAACCAAUCAAGCAAUACCAAAGGCUUCAGAACUCCUGUGUACAACUAAUUGUUAAGACACUUAAGGACGGUUUUCCUUUGAGAAGCCCACACCUCAGCUCUCAGGUGUGCCUUACUCUUUCCCUGAGCACCUCUUACUCCUGUAACUUAAAUUUAUAUUUAAAAUAUUUUAAAUAAACAUUUAACUCUGCUUCA